AUGCAAAGUGUGAAUCGGAGCGCAGUAACCGAAUUCAUUCUUCUUGGACUCUCGACUGAUGGUGGCGUACAAGUUUUAUUAUUCCAGCUCUUCCUCGGCAUCUACGCGGCCACGCUGGCUGGAAACACACUUCUUGUUGUGGCUGUGAGCUUUGAUUCCCGUCUGCACAACUCAAUGUAUUUUUUCCUGAUUCAUCUCUCUUUCAUAAACGUUUGUGGCUCGUCUGUCACAGUGCCAAAGAUGCUUGUAAAUUUCUUGUCCGAGAAGAAAAGCAUUUCAUUUACAGGCUGUGUGGCCCAAAUAUUUUUUAAUCUUCUUCUGGGAGAAAGCGAAUGCAUUCUUCUGGUGUUGAUGGCAUAUGACCGAUUUGUCGCAGUUUGCAAUCCACUGCGAUAUAACAUGGUUUUGAAUAAAUUGGUCUGUAUUCGCAUGGUCACCGCAACAUGGAUGGUCAGCUGCAUCACAUCAUCGGUUGAUGUGUUUUUUAUAUGUCGCUUAACGUUCUGCGACGCUAAUGUCAUUAACCAUUUCUUUUGUGAGGUUCCUUCUCUAUCACGGCUGUCUUGUAGUGACACCUCAGUAAUUGAUGGUCUAAGAUUUGUGGGAAGCUUUGUUCUUCUCCUCGUACCACUCCUUCUUAUUCUUUUCUCCUAUUUUAAAAUAAUUGUUUCAAUAACAAGGAUCAAAUUUGGAAGGUACAAAACCUUCUCCACCUGCCUUUCACAUUUAGUUGUUGUGACAAUGUACUAUGGAACAGCCAUGUUCAUGUACACGAGACCAAGGCUUUCCAUAGCAGAUAGCAAGGACAAAAUGGUGUCCAUGUUUUAUACUGUAAUCACCCCAAUGUUAAAUCCUUUAAUCUAUAGCCUGAGAAACAAAGAUGUUCAACAAGCCAUGAAGCGGUUGGGAAGAUGA